GAUUUAUUGCCAGACUGUUUAUUUUUGUUUAGAAGACUGGAAUUCAAAAUCAUGUUUUUUUGUUUUGUACUUUUGUCUGUUUCUUUGGUGAGUUCUCUGCACAGGCCCCAUGUGUCCGGUUGUGAGCCUCCACAUAAUGUGUCCAUCAGCUUUGUUGAUCACUCUGGGCCGAUGUUGGAGGGUCAUCAGUACACUCUGCAGUGUACAGUACUGGAUGUUGCUCUUGUUGAAAACCUCACCGUGACCUUCUACAGAGGACAGAUAGCACUGGGUCAACUGCAGUCCAACAACGCAGAGAAGACAUCAGUGAAUGAGACCUUCACUUUAAACAUCACUCCCAGUAGUGAAGAUGAUGGAAUGCAGUACUGGUGUGAAGCCGAGCUAGAACUGGGACCUGAUGAACCACAGCACCCUUCAGUGGUGACGUCGCGAAACAUCACCGCCACUGUCUACUAUAAACCUCAGCUAGAUCAUCCAUCAUAUCCAGAUCCAAUCACCGUCCCAUCAGGACACCGUCUACAAUUGACCUGCUUGGCCGCGGGAAACCCCAGCCCCUCGUAUGCCUGGACUCGCCCAGCUAGACUUUUCUCCUUCGAAGGCAGCGUUCUCACUAUCAACUCUGUUGCUUUUGAGGAUGAAGGGCAGUACAUCUGUUCUGUCAACAACAGCGUAGGGACUAUCACUGUGUCAUUUAAUGUGGAUGUCAAGGGUAAUGCAUACAAAUUCAUAGUCAUGAUCAUGGCAGUAGGAGUUGUGCUGGUUAUCAUCAUCACCAUUGUCCUCUUCAUCGUCUUCAACUUUUUAUUAAGGCACAGCAUGUAUUUAUAAUUACGUUUCAAAAUGGCACAAUGAAAUCAGUUUUCAGCGUAGACUGAUAGAAGACAGCCUGCUGUGGUACUACUUACUUUUCACAAUAUAAUUUUCUGAUAUUUUAUCAGUAGAGUGUGUUGACUGUAAUCUCCCAAGUGAGAAGUGUUUAAAAUGAUAAUUUCUGCCUCUCUAUCUUUCUUUAAUCAGAACCAGGGCUGUGCCUACCAUUGAGGACACUGUGGAAACUGUAGUAUUGUAGUAUUAAUAGCAGUAGUGGAGUUGGUGUACUUAAAUUUGACUGUUUAUUUACCUGUUUUCCAAACUGCUUAAUGUAAAGGAUACAUGUUAAAUGCUUUGCUUUGCUUAAAUAAAAUAUAGUUUAAAGAAAUAAA